UGUGAUUCGGGUUUUGGUAAUGCAUUGGCGUUUCGGUUAAACUCAAUGGGAUUCCGAGUCUAUGCGUGUGUUUUGGACACAGAGAGUACCGGAGCUCAGGAUUUGCGGACAAACAGUAAAUUCCCGCAUAAUAUGGUCACCAUUGAAGUGAACGUAACAAAUGAUACCCAAAUCGACCGGUGCUUUGCGCACAUCCAACGCGAUCUCAUGGAUACUGAGCACCAGUUGUGGUCAGUGGUGAACAACGCCGGUGUCUGUUCGUCGGCUUACGUUGAGUGGGGAUCGAUGGACGAGUGGCACCGGGUGUUUGACAUUAACGUGUUUGGUGUGGGUAGAGUGACCAGAACAUUUUUGCCACUGUUACGGCCUGCAAAGGGUCGGGUAGUGUUUACGAGCAGUAUUUCUGGACGGACGGCGGGGGCCUCGAGCGCCGUCUAUGCGAUGUCAAAGUUCUCGGUCUCAGCGCUGGCCGACGCUCUCCGACAAGAGAUGAGCCCUUUUGAGAUCAAAGUGUCCACAAUAGAGCCGUCGGCCUUCAAGACGCCCAUCAUUGGUCUGGCGGUACGAUCAAUGGCCACCAGUUGGGCACAAACUGACCAAUCGGUACGGGAGGUGUAUGGGCUCGAGUUUUACGAGACACUAAAUAAGGAUUUGUCAUCACUUUUGAGCUCCAGUUUCUUGAGCUCAAACACGGAUGUAGUGGUGGACGAUAUGGUCGAUGCCAUCACUAGUAUUAGCCCUAAGCGUCGGUAUUCACCGACGGAUGGCUGGACUCAACGGGUGUUUAAUUUACUCAAAUAUUUGCCCGACGAGUGGAAGGAAAGGUUGUUUUCAAUGAAUUCUAGUGUUAAGCCAAAGUAUGUCCAGAGUUAA